UUGUAUUUAGUUGGCGCAUACGCCUACGCUGUAGGACCAGGAACCUCUACGCUGAGUCUGGGACCGUUCGAACUAACUCGAACAUUUGCCAUCGACUUCUGCUACUAUGCCGCCAGUUAUCGCAGUAAACUAGUCGUCUACAUUACCAGAAGUGCUGAAAACGACAGGACGAGGAUCUACAGCAGUGGCGAUGUACGCGGUGAUGGACACCACUGGAUUUGCGAGAAGGUCUACCUCCAUAAUGGAACCUAUGAAUCCAUUGAAUUCUCCGCAGAAGGACUAAGAAAUGAGUAUUCUUACGUUGGCUUGGAUCAGAUCGAUAUUUACGACCCAAUACUAGGAAUAUCGGCUUGUGAAAAGAAAAUCAAGGAAAACGAGGAGUCCAAAUUGCCACUGUUUGACAGAACAUAG